UCAACCCAAACUCCUACUUCAGAGACUGUGUCUAUGAUACCUGCAUGUCAGACAGGGACCAUAAAAUGCUCUGCCACAGCAUCGCUGCCUAUGUGGCUGACUGUCAGAACAUUGGAACAGAAAUCAAAAACUGGAGGACACCAACAUUCUGUCCGUUACCUUGCCCUGCCAACACCCACUUUGAGGUCUGUCAAGGCACCUGCUCCAGUCCUUGUCCUGGCCUUUCUCACAUGAUAAAAUGCACAGCCAGCUGUAAUGAGGGAUGUGCAUGCAACUCUGGAUACUUCUUCAAUGGAACUGGUUGUGUCACUUUGGACCAGUGCAGUUGUUAUGCAGAUGGGCUCACUUACAAGAUUGGGGAAUCUGUAAUAUCAGAGGACUGUCGAAAGACCUGCACAUGCCAGGCAUCUGGAGCAGUCGUGUGCAAGUUAGCAGAGUGCAAAGCAGAUGAAACGUGCCAGAUCCGGAAUGGCAAACGAGGCUGCUACAAGAACCAGUGUCUGUUGAAGUCCGGUGGCGAUUUUACACUCUUCAAUGGAAUUAGUGGGGACAUCACCAUCAAGGGGUCCUACAACAUUCUGGAGUUAUGUGACCAGACCGUGUUGACUGAAUGGUUCCGCAUGGUUGCAGACGUGCAGAUGUGCGGUCAGGCUGGUGACGCCAGCGUUGUUGCCGUUCACACAUUCUUUGAGGAUAUGUUCAUUACCAUUAACAAUCAUCAUGACGUCUGGGUAAGCUGCACGCAAAGGGUCUUCCUCUGGCUUCCUGUUUUCUUCUUGAUGAAUCUGCUGCAUUCAGGGAUUAAAAAAAUCCUCCAUGAUAUCUGGGAUAUAACCAAUGAAUAUUUGUACCAACUCGAUUUUCCCAUAUUUAUACAAUUUCUUCUUCUUUUUGGUCACCAGUUGAAUGGAAGGCCGUUGUCUCUGCCUGCCGUCCUGAAAAAUGAGAUUUCAGUUACAGUCUCUGACCAAACAGUCAUCAUGAAAAACAAGUCGGGCCUGAUUGUGUCCUACAGUCUGUCCCUGGAUCUCGGCGUCACUGUCAGCGAUGAGCUGUCUGACAAGGUGUGCGGUGCUUGUGGGAAAGUUAAUGGCACCAUCAGAAAUUUUGAUGGCAUUCAGACUUACCUGGAUUCCUGGAGGGCGCCUGACUUUCCCACAUGCACCUGAACUCCACACCUCAUCAGAAAUCCACAUGAAUAGCAGCAGUGCAUUUCUGUACUUCCACGAAUGUAGCAAACAGUAAUUUUGUUUUAAAUUUGGCAUUGGUGAUUUCAUAUCAGUAAG